AUGUCACACCACAUUUCUCAUGAUUCCAUGCUCAUUGUCUUUCAUUAUUGCAAUAUGAAAGAUAUUAUUUCGCUCGUUCGGGCAUGGAGAAUUAGUUAUCAAACUUUUGAAUUGUAUUCAAACACGAUAUUUGAAAAGAUGUUUUUAAUAUUUGAAAAAUUUGUUCAAAAAAACCAUGUGGAACGUCAUGACCAGCCAAUCGACGACAGCAUCACACAAUCAUCCACAACUGAAUCCUUCACACCUCAGCUUAAAGAACAUGUAAAGGAAUCUACCUCCUAUAAAGAUCGAUUUAUUGAAUUAUACACAAUUGCAACGAAUGAAAUGAAGAAUGAAAUCAAUGGCUCCGUCGUGCAUCGAGGAAUUCUCUCACACACACUCGAAUUCAGUACAUGCAUAAAGCUCGAUUUUCAUGUACAGCAUGGAGCUAACGCUUUCAGAACCAUGAAGAAAUGUUACUUUGAUCAUUAUCAAUUCUCAAAAGAAGAUCGUGUCCUUGAAAUGGGUCCUAUUUUACAACAAAUGGGAUGGAGAAUGAUUUCGGAUGACUUUGAUUUGCUGUUAUUGAAAUUUUACCUGGUACGAAUAAUUGCACCUCCAUACCCAAAUGAUGUUCCUGGAAUUGUAUUGAAAUCACGUGCGAGCAUGGAACCUUCUCGAUUUGCUCAAUAUUGGUAUGGAGUUCAAUCCGAGUUUACAGAGCUACAAGCGUCCUUCUGUGAGAAGCAGAAUUGUCAAAACGAGCGUACCAUAGGGGUAAGCUUUUGGAUGCUUCAUUAUGGCUAUUUGGCACAAGAAUUGUUACCCAAUACCUACCACGAGUUGCAGUAUACCAAAAUGGAGAUGACAGUCCUGCAUUCCAAUGCAACCAUUUCUGAAAUCAGAGCUCUUCGACAUUUGAAAUGUCCAGCAAACGAAAAUUUUAAACGCCAUAGCGGUUGUUUGGUCAUGUAG